CAACCCUCGCCGAGGCAAACCCCCAGGAAGAGGCAUUGGAGCACCUCAUUCGAUGGGUAUGUUUCAAGCGGAUGAUGAUGACUACAGUGUGCGUACUAUCUGGCCUGAAGAACUGAGCAAGAAGAUGACACAUUCUAAAGCCCAAAAGAAUCACUGUGCCGGGAUGGGAGCAGGAGUCGGGAAGACUUUUGCAAGCCAGGCCCAGAACGGCAAUAACGAAACAGGUCUUGUCCUCUUGGAUUGUCAAAACCUCCAAGAAUACGCACAGUCUCAUUUCACGGACCAUGCUGGCCGACGGAGGCUUCAGCAGGGCAAAAUGGCUGCCCUUGAUUUUAUGGGCUGCAGGUCAGGAUCUGGGUACAACGAAGGCCAUAACUCACUGAAGCGGCUUUUGAAAAAAGCAGAAGAUGGAGGAAUGGACGAUGGUCUGGAGCAAGAUGGAGAUGCAGCAUAUCCCUGUUCUCCCUCUCCCCGCUCUGCCUCCCCACCAUCACCCGUGUCAUUUUCACCUCCUCCGUCCGCCCCUAGCACACUCAUCAAACCCAAACCCUGGCAGAGAGACAGGGAGGGAGGACACUCUCUGCCAUCAGCUCAGUCCCUUCACCUGGCCCUAAACUCCCUGAACAGAGAGCAAGACGAGGAAAACAGCAGAAUGCACCUUUCUCUGCCACUCUCCUCGUCAUUGCCGGCAUCUCUGUCCGAUGAGAGUGUGAUGACUCCUGACGCAGAGAAUGCCGUGGUCAGUCCCAUCCUGCCCUUCCUGUUUCUGGGGAACGAGAGGGACGCCCAAGACCUGGACCUGCUGCUGCGCCUCAACAUCGGCUACGUGGUCAACGUGACCACACACCUUCCUCUCUACCAUGUUAACUCUGGACUGCGCUACAAAAGGCUGCCAGCCACUGAUAACAGCAAGCAAAACCUUAGACAGUACUUUGAAGAGGUUUUUGAGUUCAUUGAGGAGGCAUAUCAGAGUGGACAGGGAGUGUUGGUACACUGCCAGGCAGGCGUGUCUCGUUCUGCAACCAUUGUCAUCGCCUACCUUAUGAAGCACACCCUCAUGACAAUGACAGAUGCCUACAAAUAUGUGCGGAGCCGGCGACCCGUGGUGUCCCCAAAUCUAAACUUCAUGGGCCAGCUUUUGGAGUUUGAGAGGGACCUCAACUCUGGGGUGACUCCUCGUAUCCUGAUGCCUAAACUGAACGGUGUGGAGACACAGGUGUGAGAAAGGUCAGGGGUUAAGAACACGUAGGGUUACCACGGGCGCAAAAUUAAAGUGGCAUUAAUGAGCAUGAGAGAAAGAGUACAGCACAUUUUAGAAGAGAUAAGAAACAUUACAGCUGGAAAAUGUUGGCGUGUUUGGCAAUUAGUGCACUUUUAACGCUGUGAAACACAAGACAAAAGACUGGAUGGUUCAUUUGUUUAAGUAGUAACUCUUAGACAACUUGAUCAUCAUCCAGUAUACUGUUUAUAAGAAAAUGUGCCAAUAUUUUGUAUAGACCUAACAUCACUCUCAAAUAUCUCUUUUCUUUCUUUCUGACGCCUCUUCCUUUUUGUUCCCAUCAAUGACAUUCACAGCCACACACAGAAACACAGUUUCCAUUAAUCACAAACGCAUGCAGAACAAGAACGCAAACAUGGAAAGGGUUCCCUGGUAAUGUCUUACUUCUGCCACAAAACCACUCUGAUGUCUCCACCACAUGUAGCAACACACAGGUUAUUACAAUGCACUUUACUUCCCAUGCAUUUCUUCAAUUUUUUUUAUUAUCACCAACUGAAUUGUCAAAAGGAUGAGAAGAAGUUGUUAAAACCGACCUCAGUCACUGUUUUUGGUCAAUAUUAUCAUGUCUGUGGGUUAUUUUCCUGUUUGAAAACUGUGCAGUACAGUGUAGCAUGUACCUAGCAGCGAUGUGAGCAGCAUUAAGUUGGGCAACUUAUUGCAAAAGAGACAAACAGCGCAUGGAAAUGUCUUAGGAUGGUUUUAUUUCAGUGAAGCAGCCAGUAUAUUAGCAAAGAAAAAGUAUCACAAGUCUAAAAUAAUGCUGUGCACUCUCAUGAGUGAGGGGCUCACAGCUUCAUACACUGGAAUAAGCUCAUUAUAAAUACAUUUAGUACAGAGACGAAACCACAGGACAACGGUACUUUCGGAGAUUUUUAAUGCACACUAUGAUUUACAGUAUAUUUGACCAGAGACCUGCUGUUAUAAUGUGCUUUAAAACAACAGACCUUCUUCAACUGUGCACUAUUUAUUCCAUGGUUAAUUCAUGAGAGAGAUGUAUUAUUUUUAUUCAUUUUUUUAUGAUGUUAAAAAAAAAAAAAAUUGUUUAAUAUUCAGCAUGAAAAUAGAUCUGUUAUGGUGAACAGACAGAUAUUUCUUAAAAUUUAAAUAGCACCUGGUAGCUUGAUAUAUUGGAGACGACACAGUAACAGCAAAGAGGCAACAUUUAACACCCUACUUAACCUAUUAUUUAUUUUUUGUUAAGGUGGAAAAACUGUGUGAAACUGUGUGAAGCUUUAAUUUUUUUAACUCUGAAUUUGUGAUCUUUACUGGCUUCUGUUCUGAUCUUGUGGCAGUUUACAAGUGUUAUUUUCCCAAACCGAAUCCCAAUCCUAGAAAAGGAUUCCUUUGGAAAAUGUAUCUUUUCAUUGCAUUAACUAUCUUACCUAAAUCCUUAACAAGCCAAAUCUACUUAAUAACUUAGUAUUUUAAUGCCUUUGGGAGGGAAUCAGAAAACAUCACAGUUUUUUUUUUUAGAGGGGGUCAUGUCUUAGCUGAUUAGCUGGUGUCUGCGUUGUUACUCCCUAACUGUUCUUUUUGCCUUGUUGUCCUUACUGAACUUCCCUCAUGACUAUGCAUUGUUAUUAUGGUGAAGGCUUUGGUUUGAUUAGAGAAGGUUCCUUGAUUCACUGUGAACUUUUCCUCUAUAUUAUUAAGGUUCAAGCCCGUGUCCUGUUCCUUACACAUUAAAUAAGAGGUGUAGGUCCUGUGCCGUCAAUCUGCACACUGAAUCUUCUGUGUUGGGUUUCGCAAAACACAUCACUUGACACGGUUAGUUACAAAACUUAACUCUCCACAAAUGGCUCAUAAAUUAAUUCUAACAUACAAAGUCAGUGCGGAUUGACUUCUGUUCUCUAAAAUUUGGGCCGUGAAGGAGUUAAACAAUGCGAUACGAACUGCAGUGUGUCUAGCUCUGACUUGCAGGGUGUUGAGAGUAUCAUAGCUUCCAUAUAAUAUCAGUUAAUUUAUUUUAUGGGAAGAAUCAGUAAUCAGUGGAAAACUGGUGUUUUCUAGUCUGUUAGCUAAGGUCGAAAAUUAUUUUUGCACAUUUCUAAACUGAUGCCAUACACAUUUUUUGAAAGCAUGCCGUUAAUACAGUAUAUACAGUAAUGUACACAUUUGCAAAAAAAAAUCUAUUCUAUUCUUUUCUAGCACCAUUUGUUAAACAGCUUCAAAUAUGACAUACAGUCCUUGUGGAGAAAGAUUCAGUUCCUUUAUGCAGGGUGUAGAAAGAGGGGACACUCCCUGGACACUCUUAUUAUUUCAUUUACUUGUGUUCUCUUCUCUGGGUCUGGUAAAAAACAGUGGAAAUAAUGUCUGUGCAGACUGACAGGGAUACGUGUGCACUCUGAAAGUCCAGGGAUUUGGCACACGCCUUUUACUGAUUAUACAGUAGAUCAUUUGACAGGUUAAAAAUGGAAGAUACUAGCUCGUGUCCAUAAACACCCAAGCAAAUCAAAAUCAGAGUGUAUGUGACUGAAUAUAAACUUUACUCCUGAGUUAAGAGUUCACAAACUUUGUCAGUAUUUUUUUUUUUAAUUCUUACAAUAUUUUAACUAAAUUGCAUUUGCCCCUUUUCCAUAUUUGAACACGCGAUUAACAAAAUGCCCUGCUACAAUUUUCUGAAACCAAAAUGCCUUCGGUUUAGCCUUGUAUAAUUUGGUUCUCUGGUGUUGUCAGUAUAAAUAUGACUUUGUAAAACAAUCCUGAAUUUUGCUUGUUGGAUUUAUUUUCUGGCUACGUGACUUUGAUAUAGGCUAUAUAUUUUUCUACAGUCAAACUACUUCAUCAUGUUUGGUAUACACAUAUAUCUGUGUAUUCCGCGUUUUUUACAUGAAUCUUUCUUUUAUAUGAAAGGCCGUUUGAACAGAAUGACAUCUUCCAGCUCUGCAGUGACAAUGGAUCUUCAGCCGUGCUUUGCGUUGCCGUAUUACACUCUCACUGUUAUCAGACCUCAGCAAACGUGGGUCACCGUACCGUAUUCCUGUUUUUACCUUUCACCUGUAUUUCAGCUGGAGGGACUUCAACCAAACAUGCCGCUCCGUCCUCCAAUCUCUCCAGCUCAGCUCACAGUAGGUGCAGUGUGAUCCUUUGAGGAGGGCCUGUUGCUAUUGUCCCGAGGUUUUUAUACAGACUUUAUAUGCAAAAUGGCUGUCGAAGCAAUUUCUUUAACUCCACACUGUAUGGACUUGCUGUGCAGUUGAGUCAAUGCUGACCUCAGACGUUUGUACUUGAGAGACACAUCGAAGGAAACUGAACAUUUUCUCUUCAAUUCAUAUGAACUGAAGGGCCAGUGUCUCUGUGAGUGUCAGUGUGUGUAAAAAUCUUUUGUUUGUGUUUUGCAUUUGAAAAAAGGAACGUUGUUACUGUAUGUAUGAUAACUUUUUGAGAACAGUGUAUAUCCACGCAUUGCUUAUUUGUGGGACGUUAAUUAUUCCUGUUUGUAUUUUAUUGCUCAUUUUUAAACAUUGUGUUAUUUCCUGUACCAAAUAUUGAAUUUAAGGAUGUUGAUUCGUAAGAAUGAUGAUGAUGAGACGAUUCAAGAAAAAAGCAGAUCACCUCCUUCCUUUUCUAACGGGGGUAAGAACUCUUCAGGUUUGACUAUCAUAGUAAUGCUGUGCUGUUUCACCCCGCUGCUCUGCCUCCUCCAGAGACCCCAAAAACUCAUGUUAUGUAACCUGUGAUUCUCUUCAGUCACCCCCUCCCUUUUCAUAAUGGAUUGUUUCUCUUAAGCAAAUGUAAUAUUUUCAUAUUGUAGUAACUGGUCCUGGUAUUUAGACAAUGUUUUUACCUUCAUGUACUGACUAUACUCUUCAUAAGUCUUUGAGGUGCACUGUGACUAAUACAAUGCUGCUAUAUCACAAGGACUUUUAUUUUGUACACCACAUUUUGCAUAUGCAAAGUGGUGAGUAUUGCUAAAGGUGAGCGAUACAAAGUGGGCUUGAAUACAGAAGCCCUGCUUACAUUGUUCGAAUUCAAUCCAGGCUUCAAUGUGCUGCCUCUGUGCAGUGUAUUAAUCUCAGAGUGACUGUGCACAACUAUAGGAUCUGUAGCUGCUCUUGUUGGUCUUCCUUACGACCGUGACAGAAAGAACAGAGAGAGUAAAAAUGUAGCAUUAAAUAUUGUUAAAACCCAAUCUCAUUGGUCCCUGUGUUUGAAUAGAACUGUGAUGUUGCUUUUUCUGCAACAGUGUUAGUUCUGACAGAAUUUUGCCUAAGUUCAGUUGUAGUUUUAUGAUAGUAUAUGAGAAAAUAUCUAAACAUUGGAAUAUUUGACAUCAAUCUAGAUACUGUCCAGAUAUCAGCACUUAUCAGUAUAAUACAAUGAUCAAAUGACUUUGAAACUGUCGAGUCAAAACAUAAAUCCUGCAACUGAAAUUUUAACAAGAUGCACAUUUUUAUCCAGUUACAAUGUAUAACCAAGUGCGUGUGUGUAUGCUUCAAUGUUGACAUGUUCAGUAUGUUAAGAUUUGUUUCAAGUGUUCAGUUACUAUUUGAGUGCAAUCAGACACAUUAAUGAAAACGACAUAAACACAUGAUUGAACAAAGAUUUCAGAAUAAUUCUGAUGGAUGGAUUGCCAUUAAAUUUUGUACAGACAUUCAUGGUGCCAAGAGGAUGAAUCCCUUUGAGUUUGGUGACUCUUCCCCGACUUUUCCUGUAGCACCACCAUGAGGUUGAAAUUUUAGUUUUUUUAUUGAAAAAUCUCAGCAGCUAUUGGAUAUAUUGCCAUGA